AUGGAAGCACCGCCAGAAGUCGAAGCCACCCUCUCCCGCCUCUCGCAAUAUCGCAACGUCCGCGGCGUCAUGGUCCUCGCCCGCGCCCACAUCGUCGGCGACACCCCCCACCCCCACCCCCACCCCUCGCGGUCAGGCGAUGCUGGUAUAGUCCAGACGACGGGUACGGUGUUUGAAGGGGAAGGAGGAGCAAAGUAUGCUGGAGCUGUGGAGAGGAUCGUGCUCAGUACGGGGGCUGCUAUUGCCGAGUGCGAGGAAGGCGACGAACUCAGACUGAUGAGGAUCAGAACGAAGAGACACGAGCUCAUCAUCACUCCCGAUGAUAAGUAUGUCCUUGUGGUUCUGCAAGACCCGGGGCAAUGA